GACCUCACUCUCUCUUUUUCAUUCAAGUCUCUCUCUCUCUUUCUUCCUAAUUUUACCCCCAAACCCUCCCAAUUAUUACUGAAACGCCACUGCUCUCUCUCGUCGGAACUCCGGUGAAGAAGAGGAGGAGAUGGAUGUAGGAGUGUCUACAGCGAAGUCUAUACUCGCGAAGCCUCUGAAACUGUUGACUGAAGAGGACAUUUCUCAGCUCACUCGCGAAGACUGCCGCAAAUUCCUCAAAGAGAAAGGAAUGCGCAGGCCUUCGUGGAACAAAUCUCAGGCGAUCCAGCAAGUUUUAUCACUUAAAGCUCUCUAUGAGCCCGGCGACGAUUCCGGCGCCGGAAUCCUCCGUAAGAUCCUCGUUUCUCAGCCGCCAAAUCCGCCUCCUGUUACAACAACGUCGACUGAGCUAAGCAAUGAGCUCGAACCUUGUGGCAAGAAUCGUUUUCAGGAAGAUGAAGGUCCGUGCCAUAGAAGGGAUUCUCCAAGAUCAGCUGAGUUCUCCGGUGGUUCAGUUGAGAAAGAUACCUACAAGACUGUUGUUACUCCCAGAAGUCCAGCUAAGUCAAGUGCACUAGUUGGGCAAAUGACGAUAUUCUAUAGUGGAAAAGUGAAUGUGUAUGAUGGAGUACCAUCUGAAAAGGCCCAGUCACUCAUGCACUUUGCAGCCAAUCCAAUUGAUUUGCCGGCAAAUUGUAUCUUUUCUUCUACUAGUACGCCCAUGAGUAAAGAGAAGAUGGUGAAACUCCCCCUAACUGGUCUUGAGAGGGCGAAUUCUUCUCGUGAUUCUGAUAUGGAGGGUCAGGCGAACAGAAAGGUGUCGUUGCAAAGAUAUCGUGAAAAGCGGAAGGACAGAAGAUUCCUUAAGGCCAAAAAGUCUCCAGGAGUUGCGUCUUCUAGCGUGGAACUGUUUCUAAAUCGUCAGCCACGAAUGAAUGCUGCAUAUUCACAAAACUUUGGCCGAACAAGAUCUCCACUGCAGAGCCAGUCACCUGAAAACCAAACAAAAAGUCCCAAUCUAUCAGUUGAUCUAAACAGUGAAGAUAUUUAACAAGAUGCCAAAACGUGGAGGUGCUAUUAAUAGCAUUGGUAAGGUUAUUAAAAUAAGAAGAACCUUCUCUUCAGAUGGGCUUCUUUGCGUUUCCGUGUCGCACUCAUAAUUUUUGGUCUAUAGUUUUUGUGAAGCUUCGUAGGUUAGUGGUAAGUUCUUGUUUCUGAUUCUUUUUUGGGGGGACUAGAGAGAAACAAGAAGCAAGAGAGGGAAAAAUGAAACAAGGGCUUUCAUUUUUCUUGUUAGUAAUGUGUAAAUGCCGUCUUUUUAACGACAAGACUAUUUUCGCCAAACUGUUUGUUUAGCUUUGACUACUUCUUUACCAAACCUUUCACUUCU